AUGAACUGUGCUUACGGCAAAAAUUUUGAAAACUAUGAUAAAGCUUCAUCAUAUCGAGAAAUGAAAAACUAUUUAUUAUCAUCAGGACAUUUAGAUACAUUUAAUGAAUGGCUAGCUAGCCUACUAUUGAUUGAGUAUAAAAAGAAUCAAAAAUUAGCAGUAAAUCUCAAAGGGCCAUUAAAAGUCGUCAUCAGCCAAAUCAUAGAUGAGGCUUGAAAAUCACUAGAAUUAUCACAAAAUGCACCUAGAAGGCCAAAUAAAAUAUCAAAAACAUGUAAAGAAGAUUGAAAUUUAAGUUUGGAAGGAAAAGUUAAGGAUAUCAAUCUAAAAAUCGAAAUUCCACAAAAAGCACAGACAUUACCAAUAGGAAGCAGUUCUUGCAAAUUAUUAGAAAGCAUCCCUUCGGGAGAUGAGACUGUCAUUACUUACCAAAGUCCUUUAAGCGACAAUGCAAAAACGGACUUUUUUAAUUUUAGGUAUCAUUCUCCAAAAAUUCAAAGAGGAACAUUUGCCAAGGCUGAAAGAAAUCUCCAUGAUAAUCGUCAACGAAGUCCUGGGCCAGCUGCUUAUAGAGUGAAAAAUGCAAUUACUCGAUCAAAGUCUCCAAGAGCAAUAAUCGAUACAACAGACAAGAAACUUGAUUACAUUCCUCAUUCACAAUCUCCAGGUCCUUCAGCUUACAGUCCAUCGGUGGAAUACCUCUCAAAAUACUUCUAA